UGAACUACUGCUAAUUUUGGUUUAAAUUAAAAACUUGAACAAAUUUGAUAUUGAUAAUAUUUGAUACAUCAAAUCAAUACAUUUUUCUACCUUUGUCCAAUGGAUGAGCAGCAAAAAAUUCAAACCGAGGAAUUUACAAUUGAUGAUAGUUUUACUGGCGAAAGUGGUGAAUAUGACUUGACGUUAAUUGUGGAUGGACAUAAGAUAAGAGUAAUGAAAGUAGUACUAUGUUUAGCAUCGCCAGUGUUUCGUGCCAUGCUUCAAUCUGAGUUUAAGGAGAAAGAUCAAGCCGAAGUUGAACUCCCAGGGAAGAAACAUCAGGAUUUUGUUGAGUUUCUUAGCUGUUUUUAUCCGGACAAGCUUGAACAGGUCACAGGCGAUACUGUAUACAGAAUUCUGCCACUGGCUUUUGAUUACCAAGUAAAUGUAUUACAGAAGAGGUGUCAUGCGCGGCUGAUAGAAGUCGUGAAAACAAGUCACUUGGCUGAUGCGAUUGAGAUUAACCGGCAUAUUCAACUAGCUGAGAUGUAUGAGCUGAAAGAUCUUAGAAAAAUUUGCAUUUCUGCAGCAUCUGAUUUUAAGCUCAAAGAUUUAGAAAAAGCUGUCUUAGAGUAUCCAAUCCCUGAAAACAUUCUUGUACAAAUCCACCAUCUUGCUCGCCGUAAACAGGAAUUAAACAAAACAGAUGACGAUUAUAUGAAAAAUUUAUCGCAAAGUUCAAAUUAUGCAGGUAUCAUCGCAAAAGAAAUGGAAUCAUCUAUGCAAUCAUAUAUGCACAGUAGUAAUAGCAAUAGACUUUUUAGAUCAUUACGACUCUGGUACAGAUUCUUUCAAGGCGAGGAAGAACGACUAGAAAAGAUUAUAAAAAGCUUGAAGGGUAAGAAGGUAAACAAUGAGGUCAAAGAGGAAUAUGAACUACUACCUGAGACAGUUAAACAGCGCUUAAAUCUGGACCAUCAGAAUUGAGAAGUAUAUUUACUCAUCAGUUAUCGUUGGAAGUCUGCAUUUGGCUUUCACUUUGUUUGAUAUGACUGAUGUUACUAAAUAAUCAUAUCAUAGUUUAUAAAAUGUAUCCACACGACGUUGUGGCAUCGGAAAAGAAGUGUAACAUCACAAUUUACAUGCUUUAUUUUUUGAUUCGAUGCUCUAAGAUACUCAUUAAACAUUAUCAUUUCAUCAAAAAUAUUCCAGCAAAGUAUACAAUAUUGCCGCACUGUCUCAUCAAAGGAUAUAGUGGCUUUAAUUGAAAAGAUAACAAUUUUGCAAUAGAGAGCAGAAUAUCUUGAGCACGUAACACUAACAACGUAUCUCAAUUCAAUGGGAAAAUUAUUUUAAAGAAUCAGUCUGCAUUUGUGUAUAAGUAUUCAAGAGUCUGUACAAAACAUUAAACCGGUUUAACCCUUAUCAUGCAGGACACGACUGAUUCUGCCUUUGCGACCAGCGUAGAUCAUGAUCAGCCUGCACAUCCGUGCAGUCUGAUCAUGAUCUGCACUGUUCGCCAUUCAGUCAGUAUCAUUUGGUAAGCACCCCUUUUAACAGUUAAUGAUACUGUCCAAAUUGAAAGAUGGACAAGUUCAUCAUAGAAAUUUAGCGGGAUAAGGGUUAAAAAUAAACAAAGAUCCAAUAGGAAGAGCCACGUUCCAGGACCACAGCCACCCCAAAACAACCAGAUAGCAGUGUAUAUGUAUGUGUAUAUUGUUUUAUUUACCCAAACAUAACAGACAAAGUAAAACAAUUAGACAACAAGGAGAAAACACAUAAAGGAACACCAUGGGACACCGCCGUGGAACAGUCAGUGGCAAAAUAGAUUAAACAGGAACAGUGAGGAAGAUGGUUCGCACUAACUCUCACUCUUAACUUCAACCAUCUUUAAAAAUAUCCCCGUUAUGUGAAUCUCUAAAGUCGCAAUGGCGUCUAAAGGCACGAUAUGUUAACCAAGAAAAUGCUCGUACAAAUAUAUACAAAUAGAAAAUAUCCAUAUACGCAUUUACAAAAUCCCAUUAGGAUUAAAGACCUGCUUAUCAUGGAGUGUUCCACCUGCUCCACCAAACACUAUCAAAGAGGAAAGCGCAGUGUCCAACAGUAAAAGACUGAACACUGAACAUGUAGAGUUUCUCCAAAUAACCUCUGUCAUAACUUCUGUCCUCUUUUACCGUUGGAAAAUUGCCAUGACCAAUAUACUUAUGUUGUUUGUAAAUAACAUCCCUGUAGAAGUCUAGUUUUGAUAAAUGUUGUCGCAGAAGUGGCCUUAAAUUGAUUUUACGUUUUAAAGCCAAGUGAGAAUUCCAAUAGGAAAAUUGAGUGAAACAUUAAGCAGUUGAUGAUAACGGUAGCCCUGCUUGAGGAGUUCAUUGAAGUCUUCAGCAUGUCUACUCGCUCAUGCAAAUUCUAUUGAGAAAUGUAUAUCUCUAUCUCAGAAGUUGCCCGAGGCUCUGCCUUAUCCAAAUGAGGGAAAUGUACAAUACUGAAACUGAAAAAAAAAUAUCUUGAAAAAAAAGUGUAAAUUUGAUCAUAAUAAUUAUAUACAAAGAUGUAAAUAAAAAAGAGCAAUUGUACCUGAAAUGUUAGUUUUAUUUAAUUAGAGCCCACUGCAAGUAACUGGCAUACGAGCAGGAACUUAAUUGUACGCUACUCAUAAAAAUCUUUUUUUUUUGUUUUGUUACAUGUGUGAUAUCCUUUUGUUUUGUUACAUGUGUGAUAUCUUUUUGUUUUGUUACAUGUGCGAUUUGUUACAUGUGUGAUAUCUUUUUGUGUUGUUACAUGUGUGAUAUAUUUUUGUUUUGUUACAUGUGUGAUUUCAUGUAAAAUAUAACUGACGCAUA